UCCACAGAUCGGUUUGGGCCGGAGUUCCGUCUGCUAGUGAACAACAAGCGGGUCGAGGGACUCAUCAACUACACGACGCACUUGCAACUCGGCGUCUGGACUCACCACUGCCUUCUGCUGACACGCGGUACCAUGCAACUUUACGUCGACGGGGAGCUGGAGGCGGAGGCUACUCACGACGCGUCCCUAGAAUUGCUGGACCUAACGGGGGUGCUGAUACUGGGGCAGGAACAGGACGAGUUUGGUGGAGGCUUCGUCCUCGGAGAAAUGUUCCUAGGUAGCCUGGCACAGGUGAACAUCUGGGGUAGAUCACUCUCGGCGGUGGAAGUGAGUGAGCUAGGUAGGUGCGGCUCAGAGCUCUACGGAGACGUGUUCUCUUUCGACCUUGACGAGAUACAGAUAUCCAAGGCGAGCCUGUCGUCCGUGAAUCUUACGGAGUUGUGUGGUGACAGCGAUGCCAAGACAGUUAUCCAUCCAGUGUCCCUUAACUUCGAUGAGGCGACUAAAUUUUGCAAUAAGACAGGCGGCGUGUUGCAUUCCCCUGCCUCUUGUAGUGCAGCAAAUACUUUAUAUAACCGUAGUCUGGAGUUUGCAGAUUUCUGUCAAGAUUCUUUCUGGGUGGGCGUGACGGAUGCGGUGCAGGAGGGAGUGUGGCGGACUGCGGCUAGCGGCGCGCUGGCAAUCACCUGCUUCUCGCUUGAUCCCAACGGAGGCGACACUGAGAACUGUGUUUCACUGCGGCUGGAGAAUGGUGCUUGGGACGACCGCUCAUGCGAGCAGCCACCACGUUGUUUUGCAUGUGAAGCUAUUAACAGCGCGAAGAUCGGUCCGCAACGCCCUUUGGUCCUACGUGGGAUGUGCUUCAAAACACCCGAGCGAAGGCUUUUCGAGGUGCUCGGCUACAAGAACAACUUGCCAUUCUUCCACGGUUACUACGGCCUCAUAAUCUACGCGACGAGUGACGACUGGUGGGAACUACUGGACACGCACACCAACAGGAGUCUGGCACGGGGCUACCCACCCUGGGACAUUGGCUAUCCGGUGGGCCGCAUGACCUGGACCACCACGAUUAAGUUCUGCAACUUUCGAAAGAACGAAGAAAUUGAGCUAAGCCUAACAGUGUGUGAUGACUCGGAGAUCGCCUGUUCAGAUGGUCGCUGUGUGGCAGCAGCGGCGCGUUGCGACGGUCGCUACCAGUGCCAGGACCUCUCUGAUGAAGACGGCUGUACCCUCAUCGCCUUUCCGUCUGGAUACCGUCGUCAGAUUCCGCCAGAGCCGCGUAUUACGGGGUCGCCGCAGCGUAUCAAUGCUUCGUUCAGUUUCCUUCGCUUCCUUCGCAUUGCAGACACAGAGUACUCGUUUACAGCUGAGUUUGUGCUGGACACUUCUUGGAGCGAUGGCCGCCUCUCCUUCCACAACCUUCGGAAUCAUUCUGAUGACAACAAGGCAAGCGCCGGGGAGCACGAGCGACUGUGGCGACCAUCAGUCAAGUUCACCAACGUUUUGGACGGCAAUGUGCGUGUGCUGGAGCAGCGGAUUACCGUGGCAAGAACUUGUCAGCCCACGUCCCACAGUUUCAACCAGGUUGCAGUAGGUAAGUGAUGCCUGAAACUCACAGUGAUUGUAAUUAACCAUAUGUUAACGCACGUACACGACCUCACCUAUAUGUAAAAAUGAUGACAUAAAGUAAAAUGACACCUUUGUACCACCCUGUCUGGUUCUACAAGUAGGUGUAACGCUAUACAAGUUA